GGGGGGACGCGAGCUGCGCGCGGGGAAGCCCCUGGCUCAGGAUGCGGGAGGGCGCCAGCCUCGGCCGCUCGCCUCUGCCAGAUGUUGCGGCUACUGGACGGGGGAAGGACCAGCAGAGCUAAACCAGGAUUCCCAAAGGAAGAACACAGCGUGUCCAGCUAUGAACAUCUGAGAGGCUCCUAUCCCAGCAUCCUCCAGAGCUGUGAGCAGCAGAAGUAAAGGUCCUCCCAGAGUGGCAUGGUGGUGAAGUCACUUCAUUAAGAAGAGUUGUAGCUGCAAAACGGUCAAGAGGCUGGGACCAGAGAUGACAUUGAGUGUGCUUUGCCUGCGGCCCGUAGUCUUCCAGUGGGGCCUACUGACCGGGGAGUGACAGCCUACCUGCCCAGAAGUUCUCUCAUCCCUUGUCCUGGACUGGACUUCAUUAAGCCAUUUAUCUCUUACCUUCAGACCUCUACGUGAGACUUUUCACAAUAGUGGUUUUGGGAUCAUUGACACCUGCAUUGAUCUCAUCUCACAGAAGCAAACAGAAUUUCAAGGAGUUUCUCACCAUGGCCUUGAACGUGGCCCCCGUCAGAGAUACCAAGUGGCUGACCCUGGAGGUUUGCAGACAGUUUCAGAGGGGAACAUGCUCACGUUCCGACGAAGAAUGCAAAUUCGCUCACCCCCCCAAAAGUUGCCAGGUUGAAAACGGGAGAGUAAUCGCCUGCUUUGACUCCCUGAAGGGCCGUUGUUCGAGAGAGAACUGCAAGUACCUUCACCCGCCGACACACUUAAAAACGCAACUAGAGAUUAACGGGAGGAACAACCUGAUCCAGCAGAAGACAGCGGCGGCCAUGAUCGCCCAGCAGAUGCAGUUCAUGUUCCCGGGCACACCGCUUCAUCCGGUGCCCACUUUUCCUGUAGGUCCCACCAUAGGGACAAACACGGCUAUUAGCUUUGCUCCUUACUUAGCGCCUGUCACCCCCGGAGUUGGGUUAGUACCAACAGAAAUUCUGCCCACCACGCCUGUUAUUGUUCCGGGGAGUCCGCCUGUCACUGUCCCGGGCUCAACUGCAACUCAGAAACUACUCAGGACGGACAAACUGGAGGUCUGCAGGGAAUUCCAGCGAGGAAACUGUGCCCGGGGAGAGACCGACUGUCGCUUCGCGCACCCGGCCGACAGCACCAUGAUCGACACGAACGACAACACCGUAACUGUUUGUAUGGAUUACAUAAAGGGGCGUUGCAUGAGGGAGAAAUGCAAAUAUUUUCACCCUCCCGCACACUUGCAGGCCAAAAUCAAAGCUACGCAGCACCAAGCCAACCAAGCGGCCGUGGCCGCCCAGGCAGCCGCGGCUGCGGCCACUGUCAUGACUCAGUCGACUGCCAAAGCAAUGAAGCGACCUCUCGAAGCAUCUGUAGACCUGGCAUUCCCUCCCGGUGCUCUUCACCCUUUACCAAAGAGACAAGCACUUGAAAAAAGCAACGGUGCCAGCACGGUCUUCAACCCCAGCGUCUUGCAGUACCAGCAGGCCCUCACCAGUGCCCAGCUGCAGCAGCACACCGCCUUCAUCCCCACAGGGUCAGUUUUGUGCAUGACUCCCGCUACCAGUAUUGUACCCAUGAUGCACAGCGCUACGUCCGCCACUGUCUCUGCAGCAACAACUCCUGCAACAAGUGUCCCCUUCGCAGCAACAGCCACAGCCAAUCAGAUAAUUCUGAAAUAAUCAACAGAAACGGAAUGGAAUGCCAAGAAUCUGCAUUGAGAAUAACUAAACAUUGUUACUGUACAUACUAUCCUGUUUCCUCCUCAAUAGAAUUGCCACAAACUGCAUGCUAAAUAAAGAUUUAGUUCUGGACAGACCACAACCCUAAGGAGCUAGUGCUGCUGUGUCAUAUAUGAGUAUUAAAUAUGGUAUGCUUAGUAUAUUCCAACCUAAGAUAGUUAACUACCUGAGACCAGCUGUGAUGUUUAAAGACAUAGAGGAUAAAGUUUACUUUUCAAGGGUUUCUCAACCUAGUUUCUGUCCUAGGAAUAUUGUCUUAUCUCCGUAACUAUAGCGGAUGCAGAAAGUCCAGCCAAAUAUACUCAUUUCGACUCAGAAUAUUUCAAAUUUAGCAAUAAACAAUUAGCAUUAGUUUAAACACCUAUUCCAAGGGCAGGUCCAAUUCUAACUCCAGUCACUCGUCAUUUUACUUAUUCACUGGAUCAAAGGGUUUGUUUCACCUCUUGACGAAAUGACGCUGCAGCAAAGACAAGACGUGAAGUAAAACAGAUAACCUGCCCCCGCAGGUCUAAACUUUGAGCAGAACUUCAAGCACAAAGAUUGGGGACCCAUCAGAGUGUGAGAUUCAGUUUGCCUGGAGACGCCGCACCGAAUCACGGGAUUCUAGAAAUAACAUUUAACUAGAUUGAAAAAAAGAAACUUUGCACGGUAUGAGUUUCAUACCCCACCCAACAAAGUCUUGAAGGUAUUAUUUUACAAGUAUAUUUUUAAAGUUGUUUUAUAAGAGAGACUUUGUAGAAGUGCCUAGAUUUUGCCAGACUUCAUCCAGCUUGACAAGAACCAGAGGCUCAUGCCAACAGUCUAAGGGAACAGUCUUUCAAACUCACCCUCCGGUUGCCUGUUAAAGAAUAACUCUUCGAAACUAAACCACAUACACACACACACACACACACACACACACACUCACACAUACACACACACAUAUACACAAAACCUAGUCAAAUAAGGAAGCUGUAGGUGAGGAGAUCUGUAUAAUAUUCUAAUUUAAGUAAGCUUGAGUUUAGUCACUGAAAAUUCGACUGUGACUUUAAUCUAAAUUACUAUGUAAACAAAAAAGUAGCUAGUUUCACUUUUUAAAAAAUCCAUUACUGUUUUGCAUUUCAGAAGUUGGAUUAAAGGGUUGUAACUAACUACAGCAUGAAAAAAUAGUUCUUUUAAUUCUUUCACCGUAAAGCAUAUUUUAUGUCUCAAAAGUAUAAAAAACUUUAAUACAAGUACAUACAUAUUAUAUAUACACAUACAUAUAUAUACUAUAUAUGGAUGAAACAUAUUUUAAUGUUGUUUACUUUUUUAAAUACUUGGUUGAUCUUCAAGGUUAAUAGCGAUACAAUUAAAUUUUGUUCAGAAAGUUGUUUUAAAGUUUAUUUUAAGCACUAUUGUACCAAAUAUUUCAUAUUUCACAUUUUAUAUGUUGCACAUAGCCUACACAGUACCUACAUAGUUUUUAAAUUAUUGUUUAAGAAACAAAACAGCUGUUUUAAAUGGAUAUUAUAUGUAAUUGUUUGAAACAUCCAUUUUCUUUGUGAACAUUUUAGUGAUUGAAGUAUUUUGACUUUUGGGAUUGAAUGUAAAAUAUUUUAAAUUUUGGCAUCAUCGCCUGUUCUUGAAACUAGAUACAUCAACCACAUCACCUUUGGUUUGAGAAAAAAUAGCUGCAUUUAAUUCAUGUCAGUCAGAGUCUAUUUACUAUCUAAUUAUCUUAUAUCAUAGACCUGAUAACCCUAUCAAAAGAAAAUUACAUUCUAAGUGUAAUCUUACAUAGUGCUUGUAUUGUUGCGUUUGUUUUAAUUUGUGGAACGGAAUUGUAUCUAUCUAACUUGUAUUCCUUUGGUACUUUCAUCUUUAUGUAUUAUUGAUAUUUGUGAUUUUUCUCAGCUAUAAUAAUGUAGUUAUGCUACAACUUGCCUAAAACACUCAAACUUUUCUUUGUUUCCUUUUUUUUCUUUACUCAUUCAUUUAAACUCAUUGACAAUAUAGUAUGCAUUACUAAAAGGUAAAUUAUGGGAAUCACUGAAAUAUUUUUGUAGACUAAUUGUUAUAACAUUAUCUUUUUUCCUUUUCAUUUCAUGGUUUUGUUUUUUAAAAAUUAUUAAUACAUAACUAUUUUCAGCCCUUUACUAAUGGAGGAUCAGAGCACCACCUGUAUCCCCAAACAAAGAGAGAUGACUGUAUUUUUUACUAUGAUACCCAUUUUCCAGAAUUGUGAUUAUAAUAUGCAAAGAGUCAUAAAUGCCAUUUACAAUAAGGAGGAGGCAAGGCAAAUGCAUAGAUGUACAAAUAUAUGUACAACAGAUUUUGCUUUUUAUUUAUUUAUAAUGUAAUUUUAUAGAAUAAUUCUGGGAUUUGAGAGGAUCUAAAACUAUUUUUCUGUAUAAAUAUUAUUUGCCAAAAGUUUGUUUAUAUUCAGAAGUCUGACUAUGAUGAAUAAAUCUUAAAUGCUUUGUUUAAUUACAAAAAAACAAAAUCACCAAUAUCCAAGACAUGAAGAUAUCAAUUCAACAAAUACUGUAGUUAGGAGACUAACUCUCCACUUGUACGGGAACUACAUUUCACUCUUGGUUUUCAGGAUAUAACAGCACUUCACAGAAACAUUCUUUCAGCCAUAAACCACUGGUAACAUUUCUACUAAACCUUUCUGUAACACUUAAAGAAUUCCCUCAUUCAUUCUCUUACAGUGUAAACAGGAGUCUAAUUUGUAUCAAUUCUAUGUUUGGGUUGUAAUAUUCAGUUCACUCACCCAAUGUACAACCAAUGAAAUAAAAGAAGCAUUUAAAAGGA